GUGGAUGUUUAGUGGAUAAGGUGGUAUUUACCAACUUAUAUACAUGUUGUAAAAUCUGCUAAAGAUGCUGAGUGGGUACCAUCCUCUGAUACAGGCUCUCUUAGGGACACUGCUGACCUGGGGUCUAACUGCAGCUGGAGCUGCCCUAGUGUUUGUAUUACAAACUAGCAAGCAACAUCAAAGGAAGAUAUUGGAUGCUAGCCUUGGAUUUGCUGCUGGAGUGAUGCUGGCUGCGUCUUAUUGGUCCCUAUUAGCCCCUGCUAUAGAGAUGGCUAGCGAGUCUGGGAUGUAUGGAUCACUAAUCUUUCUACCCAUAGCCGUGGGGUUUGUAGCUGGAGCUGUGUUUGUGUACCUUGCCGACCUGCUCUUGCCGUUACUAGGUGUCCACUCGUCUGAUUGGUCAGUUGCAUACCACGGCGUGGAGUCAAGUGAGAAGAGACGAUGGCGGACUGAGUCAAUGAGUGACGCUGAGGAGGGAGACCCAGAUCAGCAGGGCUCGUCCCCUGUCAGAUCAGUGGCAUUCUCAGAAUCUGGAGAGCAUGUGCGAAGGAGGUUGGGCUCAAGUGGAUCAGGUGACAAGGUGACAGAGGCCGUGGGUGGUGUGGGUGUGGCUGCAGGAGUCAGCUGGAGGAGAAUACUACUCCUCAUUAUAGCCAUCACAGUACAUAACAUACCAGAGGGACUAGCUGUGGGUGUUGCGUUUGGAGCGAUAGGCAAGUCACCCUCAGCCACUCUGGACAGAGCUAGGAGUCUGACUCUGGGUAUUGGCAUUCAAAACUUCCCUGAGGGGCUGGCAGUCAGUCUGCCACUGAGAGCAGCUGGUAUGGAUGUCUGGAAGAGUUUCUGGUAUGGGCAGUUGAGUGGAAUGGUGGAGCCCUUGGCUGGUCUGUUAGGAGCUCUCUCAGUUGUGGUGGCAGAACCCCUUUUGCCGUAUGCCCUGGCGUUUGCAGCAGGGGCUAUGGUCUAUGUUGUGGCUGACGACAUUAUCCCCGAGGCACAUUCGAGUGGUAAUGGUCGUCUCUCUUCGAUAUUUGUGGUGGUGGGCUUCAUUGUGAUGAUGUCAUUAGACGUUGGUCUUGGGUGACCAUAAACAUAAAUUGAUCACUACAUACGUAGUUACUUGCUACACACAUAUUUCAUUCAGAAUUAACAAAUUCAUAUUAUCUCUUUGACAUUCACUAUACAUAAAAGUUGUAUAAAAGUUAAUGAUUCAAAAACGAA